AUGUUCAACGUUCUUGGGAAGGGUUUCAAGAAGAUUAUCCUGAAGCCCUGGGUUGCCACGACCACGCUGUCGGCCGACGGCCUGGUUCUCUCGGACCCCAUGUCCCUCCUGAAGUCGGAAGGGGAGCGUUUCGGGGGCCUCUGGGAGUCGGCCUCGCACCCGCCCGAGGAUCAGGAGCCCCUCGAGUUUUUGGAGCCUUUGGAAGUUCUCUCGGCGGACGACCUGAUUGCUCAGGUCUCCUUAGACAUUUAUAUUGACGACUAUGGGCUGUCGAGUUCGGGGACUUCGAAAUCGGUCGUGUCGUCUUUGAAACGGGCCUCGGUGGACCUCCUGGUGGCCCUGGAGACCGAUAUGGAGGCUACCAUUUCUACCGAUAAGGCGGCAGUUGUUGCUUCUCACGCCGAUGUAGGCCAGGAGAUGAAGUUGUUUCCCGGAGCGUACGGCGGCCCCUCGGCGGACACCAGCUCUGCCAUCAACCUUGGGGUUCAGCAGACUCCCUUUGCUCUAGGCUUCGCGGGGCUACGCGAUGCCUGGACCCAGACGUGGGCCAACCCGCCAGCUGCGCGGCGGCAGGUGCGAGGCCCCAUAGGCGCUAUGUUUCUGUCCCUCAAGCGCAUUGGCUGGAGCAUGCCCAGCUACGCGCAGAUGACGAACGACCUUGGCGUCACCUUCUCUCUCGCGACCUCUUCCCCCAGAUUGAUCAAGAACCUUCUGCGGGAAGCUGUCAUUCGUCAACUGUGCAGGCUGUCAGGCGAGAAGCUCGGUGUUGGUGCCAGGCUAUGUUACGAUUCUGUGAUUCGCGACCUCAGCAGCUCGAAAUUCACGCCGUUCGAGAAAGGUUCGAUCAGAGCCAAUGUCUGCGGGGCCUGCUGGACCAAGGAGCGUGCAACCCAGUGUGGGUAUCAACUCCAGGACACGUGCUGCGCUUUGUGCGGCGGGCCCUCGGACUCGAUUUUCCACAGGCUCUGGGUUUGCCCUGAUCCUGAGGUCGCGGAGCUCAGACAGGAGAUUGUAGAUCCCGAUGUUUUGCAGGCGGCCAAUGAGAUCGAUCCUGCUUCGUGUUCCAUGGAGGAUUGGAUUUUGUUCACCAAGGGCCUCUUCCCACAUCCUGGGGACCUGCACCCCCGUCCUGUUCCUGAAUGUGCUCCAGAGUUUCGAUGGGAGGCAGCGGAGUAUUGGUCCAGGGUCAAGCGCGGCUGGCACCCGAAGGCCCAGGAGUCGUGGCCUCCGCGCGGCGACUUCAAGCUCCAGCCCGAGCAGCCGACGGAGCCCAUCGAGGAGGGGGGGGUCGAUGACGACAGCUUUGCCAAGGCGGGCGCCAAGGUGGACAUCCAGGCCAAGAUCCAGGAAGGGGCCGAUGGCCUCCUGAGGGCGGCCAGCCAGGACAGGGAGGAGGCCAGCAAGCUCCUCGAGCAGGUGGAGCAGAGCCGUGGCGACGCCGUCCGCAAGCACACGGACCACCAGGCCCAGAGCGCGGGCUUCCACAGGCUGCGGUCCACGGCGGCCGAGCAGCUGCGGGUGGCCGCCCGCCUCGACGAGUCGUCGCGCCGCCUGCUGCAGCAGUCGGAGGGGCUGCUGACAGCAUCCCACCAG